AUGGGUGGAAAGGUGUUGAUCCCGACUGCCCAACACAUUCGACAUCUGAAUGCUGCUCGUUUGGCUGCUGACGUCUGCGGAUCUCCAACGAUUGUCGUUGCCAGAACCGAUGCCGAGUCAAGUCGAUUGCUGACCAGCGAUGUUGACGAGCGUGAUCACCCUUACAUCGACAGAGAUGCUGGACGAACCGUUGAGGGAUUCUAUAGGUAA